CACUGGCCACAAUAGAGGAAGUACACUGUCUGUAUGGAGCUACUGUGAUUAGUGUCAGGGGGGAUAACGAUUCAGGGAGUCAAAAUGAAAGGACCCAUGGAUCAAAACUAAGAUGGCAUGGCGGUCCAGAAACGUAACAUCCGACCCAGGGUUUUGUAUUUGGAGAACAGAGCUAAAGCAUGGAGAUGACAUGCAUCUCCCAUUACAUUACAUGCAGGCAUUCUGAAAGUUGGACAUUUCUCUGCCAAAAUACAAAUGAUCAAAGCUUCUAAGACUUUCCUCACUAUUCCAUAGACAAUAGUGCAGCUUCUUUCAGCGAGUCUUGAGUUCAUGAUGCCAAUGAUCUUCAUUAGCUGUCACCACUGGAGCUUCAAAAGAAGGCGAGGGUGCAAAAUCUGUGCUGUGAAGAUUUAAUUUGAUGCAAGCUGUUAAAGGGAAGUAGGCCUAUAUGAAUAGAAAAUGGAGCCACUGAUCAACCAGAUCCCCAUAGACAGAAGCUCAGCACAGCAUAAGUGGGUAUGCUGUGGCUCUCUCUGCACCCUCCAUAGCUGGAUACCAAUUCUGACCUGGCUUCCAAAAUACAACUUCAGAUGGCUGCAGAUGGACAUCAUUGCAGGUGUUACAGUUGGACUCACCACAGUACCACAGGCUCUGGCUUAUGCUGAGGUGGCAGGUUUACCUGUGCAGUAUGGGUUAUACUCCGCUUUCAUGGGUGGUUUUAUUUACUGUGUCUUGGGCACAUCGAAGGAUGUGACCCUGGGGCCAACAGCCAUUAUGUCCCUUCUGUGCGCCUUUUACGUCGGUGGGGAUCCUCUCUAUGCUGUUCUGCUGUCAUUCCUUGGUGGGCUUAUCCAGAUGUCAAUGGCACUCCUGAGAUUGGGGUUUUUGUUAGACUUCAUCUCCUAUCCUGUCAUCAAGGGCUUCACGGCUGCUGCAGCAGUUACGAUUGGAUUUGGGCAGAUUAAGAAUAUACUAGGACUGAAGAAUAUCCCUCAUCAGUUCUUUCUACAGCUUUACUACACAUUUCAGAGGAUUCCUGAGGCAAGGUUGGGUGAUGUUGUUCUAGGUGUUUCCUGUAUACUUCUGUUGAUUUUUCUAAUGUGGAUGAAAAGUACGCUACCACCCCUCUCAGAAGAGCACACGACCCAUGUUCGAGUGGCGCAUAAAAUUGUUUGGAGUGCUGCUACAGUCCGAAACGCGCUGGUUGUUGUUGGUGCAACUGUUAUGGUCUUUUCACUAGAGUCAUCCAAUCGACACUAUUUUACUCUCACCGGGAAAACCUCAAAGGGUCUCCCACCAUUUAAGCCUCCAGCCUUCUCUGAAAUCACACCAAAUGGGACAAUAGUAUCUUUCAGUGACAUUUUGCUGGACCUUGGUGCGGGUUUGGCUAUUAUACCUCUGAUGGGUCUGUUGGAAAGUAUUGCAAUUGCAAAAGCCUUUGGAGAUCAAAACAAUUAUCGCAUUGAUCCAAAUCAAGAACUUUUUGCCAUUGGGAUCACCAACAUCUUAGGCUCUUUUGUUUCAGCAUAUCCUGUCACUGGGAGUUUUGGAAGGACUGCAGUUAACUCUCAGACAGGGGUGUGUACACCAGCAGGCGGUGUCAUUACAGGGGCGAUCGUGCUGCUUUCUCUGGCUUAUCUCAUGCCAGUUUUCUACUACAUUCCUAAAGCAUCUCUAGCUGCUGUCAUCAUAUGUGCUGUCACACCAUUGGUUGACUACCACCAGGUGAUACAACUGUGGAGGGUCCGAAAACCGGAUCUGGUACCUUUUAUGGUAACUUUUUUGGUGAGCCUUUGGGAGAUCCAGUAUGGCAUAGUAGGAGGUAUCCUGGUGUCAGGAGCUAUGUUGCUAUAUCAUGAAGCCAGACCCAAAAUAAAGGUUACUGACACUGACCAUGGCUUUCUGUUGAUGGAACUGGACAGUGGACUUAGCUUUCCAGCUGCAGAGCACUUAAAUCAUGUGAUCUACAACUAUGCACUUCAGGUGUCCCCCCCUCGCUCUGUGGUAUUGAACUGUCAGCAUGUCAGCAGAAUUGAUUUCACUGUGGUGAAUGAACUCCGCAACCUGCUCAAACAAUUCAGACUUCAAAAUGUCACUCUGAUCUUCUCGGGAUUAAAGAACUGUCUUCUGGAGGUUUUGAAUGCAGCAGACUUGCCACAGCUCCAGCAUACAGACAGUGUUGAAGCUGCAGUUGAGAGCCUAUUGGGUCAUACUCAUAAUGACUGAAAACCCUAACAUCCAAUCAGCAGAAAAGCAUAAUUUCUUAUCUUUAUACAUUGUUUUUGAUGUGGCUAAUUUAUUGUAACAUCAAUUUUAUCCUAUUAUCUUUACUGAAAAUUAUCUGUAUUUAAUUUUAUCAGUAGACUAUGCAGACAGAAGUUCGAUUAAUUGUAUAUUUUUAAUUUAGUAAAACUUCUCAUGAAUUCCAAUGGCUUGGUGACUAGCCUUUUGAUACUGUAAACGAAUGUGUGAUUGUAGGGGAGGGGGGGGGGGGGGGGGAUUAACUAGCCAUUUCUCUCUCUUUGACACUAAUAUGACACUCUCUCACAGACAUUACCAUAAUUUGUAAUAAUUUACAAUCAACUAUAAACUUAAGAAGUGCUGUGCUGCUGAUGAUGACUUUGUAUUGCUACAAUAAAGUCAGUUUCUUGAAAAACCACGGGUCUCAUAGCAAUGGUAUAUGCACUCAAAAAAAAGAUUUUAAAAAAUGUAUGAAAACAUUGGAAUCUUGUUUGUUUCUUUGUUAUCAUUUUGCACUCAGAAAUGUCAUGGGUUGUCUGGGCAAAGUCACCGAACCCCUCCGAUAGACUUGAUUUUUUGCUCUUUGUUUGUUUGUCUUCCGUGUUGGGUGGCCCCCUGCUGGUGAACAAGAGAAGGUUGCAGCCAUAACCCACCAGCCAGAGAAGUGUGUCUUGCUGUGUAUGUCGGACUUAUCAGUGUGUGUAGUGUCUUUGUACUUGAAGUGAGAACUUGUCCUCCUGUGUCCACUUAUAAAUAUGCUGAUUGUUAUGGCUGUGAGAGGAUUGUGAAAGUGCCAUAUGGGGGA